AUUUGCCAUCGUCAAACAUGGCGGAAACUGAGCAGCAGGCAGGUUCCUCUCCUGAAGAUGACAGGCCUCCUAUACCCACCAACUUUAUGGUACCAAAGAAGGAGAUCAGCAUGGUACCUGAUAUGGGCAAGUGGAAGAGAUCUCAGGCAUAUGCAGACUACAUGGGAUUCGUUCUGACUCUUAAUGAGGGGGUGAAAGGAAAGAAACUGAUGUGUGAAUUUCCAGUUUCUGAGACAGUGAAGAAGCUGCUGUCUUUGUUAGAUACUUUAGAUCACUGGAUAGAUGAGACACCACCUGUGGACCAACCUUCACGCUUUGGCAAUAAGGCUUAUCGUACCUGGUAUGCCAAACUAGACCAGGAGGCUGAAGCUUUGGUCUCUGCUGUUCUACCUGCUGACCGUGCUGCUGCCGUUCCAGAGAUUGCUGUGUACUUAAAAGAGGCAGUGGGCAACUCCACAAGAAUCGAUUAUGGCACAGGUCAUGAAGCGGCCUUUGCGGCAUUCCUCUGCUGCAUUUGUAAAGUAGGAGCACUGCGAGUGGACGAUCAGUUGGCCAUCAUUUUCAAAGUAUUUGACAGGUAUCUGCAUGUGAUGCGCAAGCUGCAGAAAACGUACCGGAUGGAGCCAGCGGGGAGCCAGGGUGUGUGGGGACUCGAUGACUUUCAGUUUUUGCCCUUCAUAUGGGGAAGCUCUCAGCUCAUAGAUAACCCCACACUGGAGCCUCGGCAUUUUGUAGAAGAGAAGGUGGUGAACGAACACCACCAGGACUACAUGUUCCUAGAGUGCGUCAAGUUCAUUAAUGAGAUGAAAACGGGUCCAUUUGCCGAGCACUCGAAUCAGCUUUGGAACAUCAGCGCUGUCCCGUCCUGGUCCAAAGUCAAUCAAGGCCUUAUCAGAAUGUACAAGGCUGAAUGUCUAGAGAAGUUUCCAGUCAUCCAGCAUUUCAAGUUUGGCAGCCUGCUCUCCAUCGAACCAGUAAAACCAUGAUCGACACCCGGAAGAACCGACGAAAGAACACAAACAAAACCUUAAAUACAAGAAUAAACCAUGUGUAUUACUCACCCCAACCCUGAAGUUUAAAGAACAAAGUUUAAAGUGCUCAGACUAAUAAAUGUGCCUGCAACCAAUAUCCUCCUUCUACAUCUAACACCCAGUCAGCACAGCUGGAAUUAUACAGAGCAACAUUGGAAAUUGAGUUGCCUAUAAGUCAGGCAGACACAGUAAAAUUUAAACCCUCAUUUAAAUGAAUUGAAUUUCCGCUGCAUCGCAGGUUAUUAAAUGUGCAGCGCGAGGUGAUGCAGCAAAGUACCACGUAUCGUCUCACUGACCUGUUUCAUUGUGAGCUUUUUCUCUUUUUCUGUAAUAAUUUUAGUAACCCAUAGAAAAACCAGUCACAGCAAGCUGAUACACACACACUUUUAAUUAACGUUUUUGUCAAGUACUUAGAUUGGGGUUAUAUUGUUAAUAUAAGUUCAGCAAAAAAUUACUUUGAUCAGCUCCCGUUAAGGGUCGCCACAGCGGAUUAUUCAUCCACGUAUUUGAUUUGGUGCAUUUUUAUGCCGGAUGCCCUUCCUAACACAACCCUCCUAUUUUCCGGUCAUGGAACCUGCAUUAAGAGUGCACUGAUAUGUCUCCCCAUUUGCUAGGUUCACGUAACUCCAUGCGCCUACUGGGAUUCAAACCCCCAGAACUCCAGGCUAUAUUAUUUUACAUACACAUAUUUGAACUUCUUAAUAAGCAUGACUAACCUAACUGGUUGUGUUUAUGUACAGUGUUAGCUGGACUGUACAGUGUGAACAUAGAAAUUACAAAAUCACAUUUCCAAAAUCGCAUCAUGUCCAUUUGGCUUAAUACGACUAAAUUCUGUUUGAAUAUUUUUAUUUGAUGUCCAUGGUGCAAUUUGCAAGAAUGUAUUUGCAAAUUUACAGUUUCAACAAUUAUAUAUGAAUAAUAAGGCAAAAACAUGUUUUUUUUUGUUUAAAGUGGGCAGGUUUGUAUUAUUUUUUUUUUUAUUAAGACUGCAGUGAUCUUUGAAAAAUGGAUGAUUUUGUGGAUGUGUGUGUGUACAUCUGCCUCAAAAAGGCCAUUUGUUGUUGUAUUGAUUUUUGCCAGUUCUCAGAAUUUGCUUCCUCCUGUAUUUGCUGUAAAUGUACUUUGUCAUUUUGUAACUGUCUGGCAUUAAUAGCUCGUUUCACAUUUUAGAUGAACACUCGUAACGUUCACUGCUUUGUUAGGGUAGGUAAGAACAGACAGUUGCUGUCCAACCAAACAUCCCUGUAAAAAAGACAUUAAAAAUUGAUCGCUGUAUUCUUGCAUUUACAAUCAUAAUGCACAGUGCAGAAUGUUUAGUCCAUGUGAGCUGGUAAACCAGAGAAAACACAGAACAACCACAUCAUAUGUAAAUAAAUGUUUGAUUGAAUUGAA